AACUUGUUCCUUUCUCUUCAUUUGACCAGCUGGACUGUUGUGGCCUGUAUCAAUCAUGGAUAAGUUCCAGGCAUUUGGCAAGAACUUCAGUGACCUUGUUUCUGACAGUGCAAACUUCACGCCCUUCGCUGCCCGCACACAGCAGUUGAUCCGGGAGCAGUUGGGCCAGGUGGAGGACAAGACCCAACUCCCUGCUGAGUACAUCGACCUAGAGAAGCGCGUUGACGCUCUGAAGCUGGUGCACCAGAAGCUCCUUCAAGUGACCUCCCAGUACUCAAACGAACCCUACGACUACCCACCCAACAUCCGCGAAUCCUUCAACGACCUAGGCCGCACCAUCAACGAGAAAGUCCAGCUCCUUUCGCAGGCCAGUACUCCUGCCGAAGCUCAGGCCGCCCUGACCGCUCCCCCGGCAGCCAAACCCCAGCCCAAGACCUUUAGUCAUGCCAUUGCGCGUUCUUCUCUAGCUGGGUCGCAGACCCUCGCGUCCACCGCAACCGGCGAUGAUCCCCUUGCGACUGCUUUGGAGAAGUAUGCGCUUGCUUCGGAGAAGGUGGGCGAGGCCCGUCUAGCGCAGGACGCUCAGAUCCAGUCACGCUUCUUAGCUGGGUGGAACACCACUCUUAACACGAACUUGAUGUUUGCUGCAAAGGCGCGCAGAAAUGUCGAGAACGCUCGUCUGAUGCUCGACUCUGUCAAGGCCAAGCACAGCGCUGAUUUGGACAACCUGAGUGAGGAGGCUCGUUCUGAGAUCGAGCAGGCCGAAGAUGAAUUCGUCGGGCAGACGGAAGAGGCCGUGAGCGUGAUGAAGAAUGUCCUUGAUACCCCCGAGCCCCUGAGGAACCUCGCCGAUCUUAUCGCUGCACAGCUGGAAUACCACAAGCGAUCCUACGAAAUUCUUAGCGAGUUGGCUCCUGUUGUUGACUCGCUUCAGGUUGAGCAAGAGGCCAGCUACCGCAAGAGCCGCGAGGGCGCAUAGAUGAGAGUGAUCAGUGAUAUUUGUUAUUUGUCUACCCUAUCAACCACCCAUAUCUCUUGAUUUUCUUUUCUUCUUCCACCCAGUCUACCACCUUUCGUGACCUUUUUGUUUUGGACUUGUAAGGACGUUUGAUAUCCCUGGACGGUGGAUGUGGUUUUAAUCGAACCCUCUAAAUCCUUCAUCGAAAUUAACUGUAUUUCCAAUAACCCCCCUGCCCACUAGACACAUUGCCUGAACCAAAGCAAUUCUCUAUCUGGCGCUCCGUAGCUAUUCCCAUCGCUGUAACCCCUAGUCACGGCCUCCUGAAAUUUCAACUCAUACAAGGGGAUCCACUAAACACAUGCUCUCACGUCAUUUAUAAAUCCAUACUCUUUAACACACCA